AUGUCUCUUUUGUGUCUUCAAGACAACCACGUUGUUAAGGCAAUUUGGGAAGGAAGUGAAAGAGUUCUUCGACCCAGAAGACAUGCAUUAUGGAUAGCGAAGCAUGUCGAUGAACUAGAUGAAAGAGUGAUCAACAUACUACAAGCAGUCGGAUUUCACCAUAUUUUGAAGACUACGGUAACAUUGGAAGAUGUUGCAUUGCAACUAGGGCUUCCGAUUGAAGGUAAUGCUGUCACUAGCAUCAGCAGUGGACCUCUGACAUUAUUUUGCCAGCAAUUAUUAGGGCAUGUUCCACCGGAAAACACUAUUAGGGGCAACAGAAUCAAAUUGUCCUGGCUGAAUAAUACAUUUCGGCAAUUACCUCAUGACGCCCCCGAUGAGGUAGUGGAACAAUACGCUCGAGCGUACAUGUUGUUGAUAAUUGGCAGCAUACUAAUGCCAGAUACUUCUGCAAGCAUGGUACAUUUGAUGUAUCUACCACUUUUAGCUGACUUGCAGAUGGUGGUAAACUACAGCUGGGCAUCCGCAGUUCUGGCCUGUUUAUACCGUGCCCUUGAUCAUGGUACAAGAGUUGAUCAAGACAAUAUCGGUGACUGCAUGAUAUUGUUACAGUGCUGGGCAUGGGAAAGAAUAACAUGUAUUGCUCCGCAAAUACAUGAGGUCAAUCAGGACGACAUUUAUGGCGGUGCUGUUUUUCCAGUGGCGAAAAGAUGGUGUCGUACAACACAAUCAAUUUUUCACGACACCACUACUUUACAACAAUUUCGUCAAAAAUUAGAUGACCUUACACCGAAACAGUUCAUAUGGACUCCCUACCGAUGUGAUGAAAUUCGUCGCAUGAUUACAGUCCAACUGCCCCCCACUUCUCGAGCAGUUGUGCCUCUUAUAUGUUUCUCAGUUGUAGAAUUCCACCACUCAGACCGUGUUAUACGUCAACUUGGAUUUCGUCAACUUCUCCCACAAACACCGAUGAAUCUCGACAAGAUACAUAAAGAGGAUAUGAGAGGACGAGCUGACUGGGAUUGGCAAGAACACCAUAAACAAUGGAUUGGUUUAUGGAAUGACCAUCAAAAUCGUUUCUUUAACAGCGUUCCAUUCCACAAAAAUGGUCACUUGCGUGACGAAUAUGAGUAUAUGCAGUGGUACAUAAGUCAUACAAUCCGUUAUUUAGCUCCAAUUGUAGAUGACUCAUCGGACGAAGAGUAUGACUUGGAUCAACAACAACAUUUUCAAGCACCGUCUGCAUAUCGUUCAUCACCACCCUACGACGUCCCAUAA